ACAGCGGAGUGUGACGCCAUGGACAUGGCGCCGCGAUCGGCCAGCCCCGGGACGUGUCCAGCGGUCGGGUAACUUUGGUCAGAACAAGGCAAGAGAAGCAGCUGUUUCAGUAGUGUUCGCACCCACGACUCAGCGGAGCCAGCCCUUGGGUAGAGCGAACGUCACGGCCAUGGCUUACCACUCUGGAUAUGGAGUCCACGGUUCCAAGCAUAGGACCCGGGCAGCUCCAGACCCUCCUCCACUCUUCGAUGAUACAAGUGGUGGUUAUUCCAGCCAACUAGGUGGAUACCCAGCCCCAGGAGCUGAUGUAGCCUUCAGUGUCAACAACCUGCUUGGAGACCCAGUGGCCAAUAUGGCUAUGGCCUAUGGCAGCUCCAUAGCAUCUCAAGGGAAGGACAUAGUGCACAAAGAGCUGCACCGUUUUGUGUCUGUGAACAAACUCAAGUAUUUUUUUGCUGUGGACACAGCCUAUGUAGCCAAGAAGCUAGGGCUAUUGGUCUUCCCAUACACACAUCAGAACUGGAAAAUGCAAUACAGUCAAGAUGUGCCUCUGCCCCCACGGAAAGACCUCAAUGCUCCUGACCUCUAUAUCCCCACCAUGGCCUUCAUCACGUACGUACUGCUGGCUGGGAUGGCACUAGGCAUUCAGCAAAGGUUCUCCCCAGAGGUGUUGGGCCUGUGUGCGAGCACAGCACUGGUGUGGGUGUUAAUGGAGGUGUUAGCUCUGCUUCUGGGCCUCUACCUGGCCACUGUGCGCAGUGAACUGAGUACCUUCCACCUCUUGGCUUACAGCGGUUACAAAUAUGUGGGGAUGAUCCUCAGUGUGCUCACAGGGCUGCUCUUCGGCAGUGAUGGCUAUUACGUGGCCCUGGCCUGGACAUCAUCUGCGCUUAUGUACUUCAUUGUUCGUUCUUUGCGGACUGCAGCUUCAGGCCCUGACAGCAUGGGGGGCCCAGCCCCUCGGCAGCGUCUCCAGCUCUACCUGACCCUGGGAGCAGCUGCCUUCCAGCCCCUCAUCAUAUACUGGCUGACCUUCCACCUGGUCCGGUGAUCCCUGGUCCUUAGGUGGCACUGACUUUUCCAUACAUUGAAGAUUUGGUUUCCUUAA